AUGAAGAUGGAAAGAGCCGGCAACAUACAUCCGUGCUCUCUUGUUCGUUCUAUCGAAGGCCUAUUCGGUCUGCAGCGAUAUGGAGUACACAUAAAUGGAUACGUGAAGCGGCCCGAUGGAUCUAUGAGCGUCUGGUUUCAGCGGAGAUCGGCGACGAAGGAAACAUUUCCAAACAAGAUCGACAACCUGGUAACCGGUGGCUUUUGCGUUGGCUGUACCCUAACCGAGUGCGUCCGCAAGGAAGCGCAAGAGGAGGCAUCAUUGCCAGAUCACCUACUCAGUGCUAUCCGGCCAGCUGGGAAUGUGUCGUUUGUGUAUGAAGACGAUCGGGGCAUAUUUCCGGAAACAAUCUUCGUCUUUGACCUGGAGCUUCCCGCAGACUUUGAGCCUCACUGCUCGGACAAUGAAGUGGACAACUUCUACCUAAUGACAAUUCCAGAGGUGAAAAACCUUGUUUUGUCGGAGGAGUUCAAGAUUACCAGUUGCCCCAUCUUGCUGGACUUUUUGGUGAGGCACCACUUCUUGUCACCAGAUGACGAGCCCAACUACUGUCAGCUCAUGGACACAGUGCACAUGCCGCUACACAACUUCUAUCCAUCUGCAAUGGUGCCCACCGGCGACACCAAGCAUCGCUUCCAUAACAACUCAUCGGCAAUAUAACUUAUGCGCAAAAA